UCACAAAAUGUUACAAAGCAGACACGGUUGGGUAAUCGGUUCCCGCUUUACAGUAAGAUGUUUUGCUGCAAAAAGUGCGCCCAUAAAUGAAUCCAGCUACACAGGUACAAUAAACCUUCCGAAAACCAAGUUUCCCGCGCGACUAAACGUGGAAAAACGUAACCAAAUUGAAGAACAACUUCGGAAGAACUGCUUUAGCCAACUGUACGCUUGGAAUCGCAGUAAUUUACCAGAGAAGAAUGAGUUUAUCCUGCACGAUGGACCUCCGUACGCAAACGGGGACUUACAUAUGGGCCACGCGGUUAACAAAAUCUUGAAGGAUCUUAUUUUGAAGCAUAAAAUCAUCAGUGGUACACGUGUGCACUAUGUUCCGGGAUGGGAUUGUCACGGGCUGCCCAUAGAGUUGAAAGCGCUGGAAGCAUUCAACAAGAAGAAAAAGCAUGGCUCAAUUGAAGCCCGUACAACGGCAGGAGACAUUCGAAAUACUGCCAGAAAGUUUGCUUUGGAAACAAUAACGAAGCAGAAAAAUGAGUUCGAAUCUUGGGGAAUAACAGGUUCGUGGAACGACACAGCUAAUGGCUUCUAUCGUACCCUCGAUCCAGGCUACAUUCGUGCACAGCUUAGAUUGUUUUACGAGUUGUACGAGCGUAAACUGAUAUACCGUGAUCUGAAGCCUGUCUAUUGGUCACCAUCGUCACAAUCGGCUCUCGCCGAGGCCGAGCUCGAAUAUGAUGAAGCACACCGUAGUCCUUCGUUGUAUAUGAAAUUUCAACUCGCUAAUUGCAACAAAGGCUGCGAAGCAAUUGAACAGAUACAAGAGCAAGGUACCGAUGUACACGCAGUGAUAUGGACAACUACUCCUUGGACUUUACCAGCAAACCAGGCCAUCUGCUACAAUCCCAGUUUAGAGUAUUGUCUUGUGCGUGCAUCGACCGGUGAUGUUUUACUCAUCGGAAAAGAGCUAGUCAAUUACCUGUCUCAGGAGCUAACCCUUUCCUUUGAUGUCCUCCAAACCAUUCCGGCCGUUCAGCUGCGGGGCUUAAAGUACCAUCAUCCUUUGAAUCGAACGGAACUUUUACCAUUUCUGCCCGGGGCGCACGUGAAAGCCGAGAAAGGAACGGGUCUGGUUCACACAGCUCCGGCCCACGGACCGGAAGAUUUUCUUGUAUGUUUGGAGCAACAAAUGGCGGUAAAGAAUCUAAUAGAUGAUAAAGGCUGCUACAAUAAACGUGCCCCUAGCUUUCUUGUCGGCAAAUAUGCGCUCACUGAGGGCAACCUGUUGAUUACUGACGAGGUAAAACAUGCCACACUGAAGUUAAGCACCAUAGAACAUUCGUAUCCUAUCGACUGGCGAACAAAGCAACCGGUGAUGUUGCGCGCUAGCGAUCAGUGGUUUAUCGAUACCAACAGUCUGAAGCACUCGUCGCUGGAGGCAGUUAAAGAGGUGAACAUAUUCCCUCGUACAUCGGCCGAUGUGAGUAAGAAGGUGCUUGAGGGACAGCUACGGAAACGUCCGUACUGGUGUAUAUCGCGGCAGCGUGCGUGGGGUGUACCGAUUCCAGUGCUUUACAAUACCACAUCGAAGCAACCGAUUGCACAUCCGUUAUUGCUUAAGGCGAUCGAGGAGCGUCUGAUGAAGGAAUCAUCGAUUGAUUUUUGGUGGACCGUACCAGUGGAAGAACUUGUACCCAAAGAAAUGCUUCAAGAGAUCAACACUACACAUGAUCAAUUGGAAAAGGGCCACGACAUACUGGAUAUAUGGUUCGAUUCCGGUACCUCCUGGCUGACGGUACUGGGGAAAGAACGUGUUGCAGAUUUGUAUCUCGAAGGUGUCGACCAGUUUACCGGUUGGUUUCAGUCCUCAUUGCUCACCAGUAUCGCUGCUCGGGACCGGGCACCGUAUAAGGCAAUUUUCGUGCACGGAUUUGCGGUCGAUGAAAAUGGUUUGAAAAUGUCCAAGUCCCUGGGAAACGUAAUUUCUCCCAAAAACAUUGUGGAUCGUUACGGUUGUGAUACGCUACGUUGGUGGGUUUGUGCCCACGCCAUUCAAAACACCUCCAUACCCGUAAGCCACAAGCUACUAGAAUCGUCGGCAGAAGGUGUACAGAAAUUGCGUGGAAUAUUUAAAUUCCUGCUCGGUGUGCUCAACGCAAAUAGAGCCUUCUGCGAAAAGGAACCAAUCAUUCGCGAGGAUAUUUUGUGCCAUGUUGAUCGAUACUUCCUUCGACAGCUAGCCGAGUUUCAUCGGUCCAUUUUCCAAAUGUACGAGACGUACCAGCACAAUCGGGCUUCUGCUGCUAUUCUUAACUUUUGCCUCUCGACACUUUCGGGUUUGUAUCUGCAUGUAGUGAAAGAUCGACUGUACUGUGGGUCCAAGGCAGAACACGAAAAUGUAGUGGCAAUACUUGCCCAAACGUACAGAGUGCUUUCGAAAACUCUGUGGCCAAUCAUUCCCUUCUUAGUGGAAGAAAGUUGGACAUUUUAUGGCAAGGAUUCUUUCUUCCAAUCUUCCCAACCACCGACACCAUCGGAACCAUUGGAACCAUGCAAUUCUACUAAAGCCAUCGAAAGUGCCCUCGAAUUGCGCCAUAGCACUUAUCAAAAGGCACAACUGAAUGUUAACACAUGGUUACUGGAGCUAGUGGUAGAGUGCAGCGCCGCCGAUCUGUCCUUCCUGUCACAGUUGCAUCCAAAACUGAACAUACCAGAGAGCUCCUCAGAGCUAUGCGAACUACUACAAGUAGGUUCCAUACUUCUCCGAGAAGGCGCCACCGAUACAAACGGGCGGUUCGCCAUAGCGGUUACUAAAUCGGAGAAACCUCUAUGCCGACGAUGCCGAAGGUACUCAAUGGUCACCGAGAAUCCGACGUCAUCCGAUAUUUGUCCCCGGUGUGAAAUUGUGUUAAAUCAGCGAGGAAGGUAAAAUAUAGAUGAAUAUAUACUGUUUCGGUUUGAAACUAUUGUU